AUGACGUACCUUAUGUAAAUUAAAGUGAACAUUCAAGCAUGUAUAAUUGCGUACACUUGCACACUCUGUCUUGCUUCCAAUUAUUGGGGAAGGACGGCCCUUCUCCUUGUUGUUAUUGCCAAACUUCCUUUGCAACCCUUGCCAGUGCCCCCUUGUUAUACUGCUUUUGAUGGUCCAGCUCAGUUUCAAAACCAAUUUGCUGCAGGGCAAAGGGUGCUUUUAUUUGAUGAAUCUUAGCCCAAACAUCCUUUGCUGUGUAAUAAAUACCUUGUUGUCAGAAUACGAAGAUAAGGUGUCUAACGUUCUGAGAUUAUGUACAUAAAAAUAAGCUGAGAAACGUUCAACAUUAAUGUUACGCAGAUAUUAUGAUGAUUAUUGUCAUAUAUCGAAAGGGGUGCUUUACACACAGUAAACCAAAAUUGAAAGAAGACAGACCUCCCUCCCUCCCACAAGCAAAGCAAAGCCCUUGCCUCAUCCCUUCCAGUGAGGAAACGGGAUUCAGUGUAGCUGCUGAAGUCUUCUCCCACAGCCAGUGGAACAAUUCUGGCAGCCACCAGGUGGAGUUUGUUCAGUUGUCAAGUAGUUUCCUUCGGAGGCAGAUGGAGACCAAGCGUCCACCUGCUGCAUCGGGAUUUGGAAGCACCCUGAGUGAAUCGGCCUGUUGAAUGGUUCUACGGAAAUCAUCUUGGUGGCAAAGGCUGCAAGGCAUCACACGUUUGAGCUUACCAAAAACCAGAGGCCGUCAAAAGAAGAAAUAAGGACCCACCAAAAGAAGGUCCAACAGUAUUAAGUGCUGCCUAAACUGAAGUAAACAGAGCUAUUAUGAUUCUCCGUCAUUCAGCCUCUAAGCAAAGAAAAAUGUAUAUACCUGAAGUCAUCAAUACCAUUAAAAAUAUAAUGUAUUACAGAACAUAAAGAUUGUUUUUCUGGCUUGUCACAAUGAAGAAUAGCCGACUUUUCUUAAAGCUCUGAUUUGAAUUGCUUCUGCCUUGCCAGAUUUACAAGAAUUAUUUCUUCAGAUUGUUUUGGAUCCACCAACAAUUUUAGCACCUUGCCACUGAAGGUAAAAGAGAUCUACCAAGAAGAAAACCUUAGCCAUGGAAGUUUACACAGCAUCCACAUCUCCAGUACUUUGCAAUGGAUCAUGUUUGUACACCCAAAACAAAACUCUUUCAGACAAAUCAGAACACCAGCAAUACGUUAUAGGUCUUUUUUUGUCCUGUCUUUACACAAUUUUCCUUUUUCCUAUCGGCUUUGUAGGGAACAUCCUUAUUUUAGUGGUGAAUAUCAGUUUUCGUGAGAAGAUGACUAUUCCUGACCUAUAUUUUAUAAACCUUGCUGCAGCAGAUCUCAUUUUAGUUGCUGACUCCCUCAUCGAAGUUUUUAAUCUUGAUGUGAAGUAUUACGAUAUUGCCAUCAUUUGUACUUUCAUGUCUUUGUUCCUUCAAAUCAAUAUGUACAGUAGCAUAUUUUUCCUAACAUGGAUGAGCUUUGACAGAUACAUAGCCCUGGCAAAAGUAAUGAGGUCCAACUUGUUUCGCACAAUGGAACAUGCCAGAUUAAGUUGUGGUCUCAUCUGGCUGGCUUCUAUCUCUGCAACAUUAGUUCCCUUCACAGCUGUAUAUCUGCAACAUGCCGGAGAGGUUUCCUUCUGUUUUGCAGAUGUAAAAGAAAUCCAAUGGCUUGAAAUAACAUUGGGGUUCAUCAUCCCAUUUGCCAUCAUUGGCCUUUGCUAUUCAUUAAUUGUUCGAGUCCUGGUAAGAGCCCACAGGCACCAAAGUCUGCGCCUCCGCCGACAGAAAGCGCUUCGCAUGAUUGUAGUUGUUGUUCUUGUCUUCUUCAUCUGCUGGCUUCCUGAAAAUGUCUUCAUAAGUGUACAACUGCUCCAAAAGACAGACCAAACCUCAUCAAGGGGCCAGUCUUUCAGACAUAAUUACCCCUUAACGGGACAUAUUGUGAACCUUGCAGCCUUCUCCAACAGCUGUUUGAACCCCCUUAUCUACAGCUUCCUAGGUGAGACUUUCAGAGACAAACUAAAACUGUACAUCGAGCAGAAAACCAAAGUGUCCGUUUUACAUCGUUUUUGUCAUGCCACUCUGAAAUCAGUCAUUACUGAUAGCACUGAGCAGUCGGAGGUUUGAUUUAGCCUGUAUCAAGGUACCAUGACAGAACCUGAUCACAAUGCUGAUUACUAACAGGAAAAAAAUGUACAUUUUGACCUGUGCACAGAUUUGUACUCUAUUUUUAUGAGAAUAUGUAAAAGAUUACAUAUUAUUCAGAUCUGAUUUAAGUUUGAAUAAGAAUAAAUGGCUUGUGGAA